CGCAAGACUAUAAUAGCUUGCUGCUUGCAGGAUUCGCACAUUGCCUUGUUGCUCACGAGGUACUGCCAAUCUUGCUAAUAAGUCACGUGCAGCUUCGUCGAUUCUUGCAAGAUGCACAGCUGAUGCAAUAGACAGCGCGAGUGCUAGCAGUGAAGCUGGGAAUAGAAGGACGCGCAGCGUUGCGCACAAGGCGAUGCAUUUUUUGGUGAUGCCCAGGCGUCUUGCCAUUCAGUGCAAUACAGAGCAGGCAUGCGGUGGAUAUAUAGUAUAAAAGUUUGCCAACCUGAAACGUGUGUGCAAGAAGAGACUUGUAGAGGAUCUGCAAUCACGCAGCUUGUCUACAGCUUCCAAUCAUCCGGUCGCUUGAGUGCAUCUCAAAUGGUGCAAAUUGGAACGUCUUCAACCACACACGCUACAUGCGUGUUGAAACGCCGACUUUCCGAUAGCUCUAGUCUAUGACUUUGCUCAAUACCGUCUUGUCUCAGCCAUCCUUCAAAAAGUCGCGCUUGCCAUCUCUGUACAGCGACUUUGCAACGCUCAAAGUGUCCAAUAAAGAUGGCUAUGAUGCCAACAUUGAUGCUUGGAUACAAGCCCUCAACAAGUCACUUCUUGAAGAAACAUUCCUCAGUAUAAAAGAAGAAGCUGAAUCUAGUACGAGCACCAAUGCCUUUGCUUCUUGCCUAUGCAUCACCACCAGCAAGGCGCUCUCUGAUAUUCUCACAUCAAGUCAAUGGGGCAAACCGCUUGCUCUUGCAUCUGUUGAGCAUGAAGCAGUCGCAAAACGUGCUUGGAUUCCUAAAGACUUGUUUAUGGCACAGGAAGAAUCAAUCUACGCGCCACCCUCAAGACUGACGAAUGUCACACUAGGGGCUGCCUUUCGUUGGGGUGUCUCCAAGUUUUGGACGCCAUCGACACCGACAAAGCUGAGCGGUGCUGCGUUUGUCGUGGUGGCGAAUAUUGAGCUUGUGGCAGACAAGUUGAUGAAGCAAUAUCAAGCAGACAUGCAAUCGAGCUACAGUGGACACAUCACAACGCGCUCGUUGUUUGCCCGUUGGUGUACGGACUUGAGCCCGUAUCGCCUAUCAGGGGCUGAUAUUGAGGUUUUGCUAAAGUACCUGGCUCGUGACCAGGGUACUGUGGUUCAGUCAGAAGGCGAGACGCUCAAAUUCCUGCCUGCUGGGGUACCCCUUGAUGAUGUGAGCAUCAGCCAAACGGAUGAAGCUGUUGCACAACUCAAAGCGACAUUGGCCUUGUUGGAUGAUCAAAUCAAGAGUCUGUCGCAGCGCUGUACAGACCUUGAGAUUGAAGCGAAAGAGGCAAUCAGCAAGAGCCAAAAGACGUUGGCACUGUCCAAGCUACGGACGCGGAAGCAGCUCGAGACGACGACGCGGCAACGUGCUGAUCAGCGAGCACAAGUCGAGGCGGUCCUUGUGAAAAUCGAUGAAGCCGCAACCAACAUGGGUCUGCUGAAUGCCAUGGAGCAAGGCAGUUUUGCAUUGGAUCGCCUUCUCAAGUCUAUGGGCGGCAUGGAGCGUGUCGAUGCCAUUAUGGACCAAGUUUCAGAUUCUAUGGCACAGGUGGAUGAAGUGCAGCAAGCAAUGACUAUUGGUCAAGACGAUACAGAAGUGGAGGAUGCGUAUGAACAGAUGCUUGCAGAGGCAAGCGCCAGUAUGAAGCAAGUCACGAUUGAUGAGCCAAUGGACCUGCCAUCUGUGCCGACUGCACCAGUCAAGCAACCAGAGACGCAAGAGCUCCGGCAGCUCGAGCACGCAUAAGAUCAUUACUCUAGAAAAUCACGUCGUCCUCUUGCUGUGCCUCUGCCAGGACAUCAUUCACCUCGUACGUAUCGCUUGCUUUGGCGCCUUUUCGCUUUUCCUCUGCCGCUUCUCUGGCUUCCUCUUCCUCCUUGAGUGCCUGCUUCUUUCCCUGAACCUUUUUGAGCCGCACAAAGUCUUCACGGUCGAGUUCUUCGAGUUCCUGCUGGAUAUACUUGAUUGUAUUUUCCGCCUUGGGGAUGAUGA